CUUCCGGAUGUUUACAAGUACUUUGGCUGCAGCGAGUGAGGAGCUUACAGUGCGCGUGCCAUAGUAGACCCAUAGACAAUUACCAGGAGUCCUGAACAAACAAAAAACAGUAUUUUACUUAUUUUAUUCAAAAGUGAAUAUUACACACAGACACCAUGGUGGUCUUCAAGAAAAUCAAGUGCUUCGAGGUGGUCUUCACAGAGCCUGACAAGGUCUACUGUGGAGGGGACAAGGUGACUGGAAAGGUGCUGGUGGAAGUGUGUGAGGUCACCAGGGUGACAGCGGUCAGGGUGCUGGCCUGCGGAGUGGCCAAGGUCCUCUGGUCCAGUGGAUCCCAACAUUGCAAGCAAGCGAUGGAGUACAUGCGAUACGAGGACACCCUGCACAUGGAGGACCAGCCUACUGAUUCUGAUGGCUCUGUAAUCCUAAGACCUGGCAACAAAUACGAGUACAAGUUUGGAUUUGAGCUUCCUCAGGGGCCUUUGGGUACCACUUUCAAGGGAAAGUAUGGAUCUGUAAAAUAUUGGGUCAAAGCAUUCCUUGAACGUCCAUCACAUCCAGCUCAGGAGGUGCGGAAGAAUUUCGAAGUGGUUGACUUUGUGGAUGUUAACACUCCAGAUUUAUUGUCUCCUAUUUCUGGCAAGAAGCACAAGAAGAUGACCUGCUUGUUCAUUCCUGAUGGACACAUCUCCAUGAGUGCCAGUAUUAACCGCAAAGGAUUUUGUGAAGGUGAUGACAUCUGCAUCUCUGCUGACUUUGAAAAUACCUGCUCCCGUAUUGUGGUCCCCAAAGCUGCCAUUGUCUCAAAGCACACUUAUUUGGCCAAUGGCCUAACCAAAAUCUUCACCCAAAAGCUCUGCAGUGUCAGAGGAAAUCACAUAAUCUCUGGAAUGACAGACUCUUGGAGGGGAAAGAGCAUCCGUAUACCAAAGAUCAAGCCAUCCAUCCUUGGGUGUAACAUCAUGCGAGUGGAGUACUCCUUACUGGUUUAUGUCAGUGUUCCUGGAGCAAAAAAGGUCAUUCUCGAUUUGCCCCUUGUGAUUGGCAGCAGCUCAUCUGGUCUUAGCAGCCGCACCUCAAGCAUGGCCAGUCAGGCAAGCUCUGAAAUGAGCUGGGUUGAAUUAAACAUACCUGGAACUCCGGAAGCUCCACCAUGUUACUUGGACAUCGUGCCUGAAGACCAUAGGAUAGAAAGCCCGACAACUCCUCUGAUCGAUGAGUUUGACAACAUCUGUGACAGUCCCAUUUUCAUGUAUGCUCCGGAGUUCAAGUUCAUGCCACCUCCAACAUACACAGAGGUUGAUGUCAAUAAGAACACCUGUGGACAUUAAACAGAACAAGAAGCACUUGACUAGUUCACCAUUUUGAACUCUUACAUAGCACUGUUGCAAACAGUUUCUUAGCCUCAUAUGGCCUUAUCCUGCUGGGGUUCAUUUGAAGAAGCUGAAAACAAUGCAAAGCCAAAUAGUUGGCUAACUUGCCACCCAAAGACUGUCUAUUUUGUUCAAUGUGCCAUCGCAAUGCAAAGUCUUAGGGCUAGGGCUGGCCUGCUUAGUGCACCCCCCUGGGCUGGCGUGGGGGAAUAGAAGACAGAGAGGACACUCCAAUUCACUGUUAGUUCACUGAAAAGUGAUGGAUACUGAUUUAAUACCAAACGUGUAUCACAUGAUGACUGGUUUCAAAAUCAAGAUCAACUUUUUUUUUUUUUUUUUUUAUAUUUAUAUUCUGAGUCAAGUAUUUCAAUGUACUUAAGAGCAAAAUGUGUAAAUCUGCUAUGUUGUACACAUUCUGGUGCCUUUUUAUACACAAAUAUAUAUAUUCCAGGUCAUUCCAGUUGAGGGCAAAUGAACCUCGAUCUGCCACGCUUUGUAAAGCGCUCUCUAUGAAGAGGUUAUAUAGACAAAGAUACUAAAUCUUUUUUGUAUUUUCAAAGUAGAAAUUUUUAUGUAUCUUUAUGCUCGUGAUCUUUGUGUGUCAUGGCGCACACUUAAUAUCCUGAGUACAACCCAUAUAUUGCUCUUAACAAAAUCUAUAAGUUAAUGUGCAUGGUUAUGUAACAAGCAUUUUGUGUUGUCUUGAACAUGUUGUAGUGUUUUUGUAUUAUAAGCGAAAGCAGUGUUAUAUCUUAGUUUUUUUGUUUUUUCUGUGUAAGCACUUGUCUCAUUGUAAGCUAAUAUUUUUUUCUUUAGGGCAGAUAGACUCAACCACUACACCUAUGACUUAUUCUGUUGCUUUAGCCUGAAGGUCUUCCAGGUCUUUGCAAUGCAACUGGUUUUGUCUUAUGUAGCAAAAAUGGACUGCUGCUUAUUUUCUACUAUGCCUUUUUGUAAACAGACUGUGACAACUUUUUUUUUUUUUUUUUUUUUAAGUGACUUUAAAACAUAUUGGCAAUAAAGGGAAUUUGUAUAUUCCUACCUGCACAGAGAUGCAGUGAGUUAUACUCCAUUUUGUAUGACUUAAAGGGCUUUAUAAACAUGCUGCAGUGUAAUAGAAGCCAUACUUUAUUAUUUUUAUUUUUUCAAUGCACUUUGGUCUAGGUUUUGGUUACAGAGAUUCAUGGCAAGUAUCUUGUAAAGCAAUUUUUGGCAACUUGAUGGGUAGGGUAUUAUGGGACAUAUCACCAAUGCUUGCCUUGUUUCCCUGGUAAAAAAAAAAAAUCUUGCGUUUUUUUUUGUUGUUGUUCAGAUGUCUGCCUGCUUUCAAGUAUUGAUACUUUCUAACAGAAUGCACUUAAAUAGUAUUUGUACUGUCCCAUGGCACUGCAUCUCUACAAGACUUGUACACUAUUUGUUGAAUGUAUGCUUGCAUCGAGGAGAUCUUUUUAUGUAUAAAUGUUUUGUAUAUCUGUUAAAGUUUUCUAUUUUGUACUAUAUUUGGCCCAAUUUUGGGCAUUUUGUUUGUUUUUUUUAAAUUUUGAAUAAAAGUU